AUGACAUCCACACCGAGGAUGACAAUAACUUCACGUGGACGUAUCCUCAAGGAUGCGCAGAUGCCGCCUGGUCGAAAUGCGCCGACAUACUAUGCAGCUCAAAUCCUCGACCCAUAUCGAAAAUGGGCAUGGUUUAGACAGGAGUGGGUUCUUUCAGGCGACAAGGAAAAGCAGGGGUGCUUUGAUAACGCGCAAUCGGCCGUGAAAGAACUCUGGGAGACGGAGUAUAAGGGAAGGUACCGUCUUGAGAUGCUCCCACCAUCAGGUCGGAAGGAGAGGGACCCGGAUCCGGCAUUUGAUCGUCAAAGGGAACAUAAACGUAUUCGAAUAGACGCCCCAGUCUCUGCGGCCGAUCCGUAUGAACAAUACAUUUCUACCGACCGACUCCAUGACGAUGAGGCCGGUUGCGAUGAAGCUAUUGCGUACUGGCUAUCCCGCUAUGACUCCCAGAGAGAUCUUGCUCGCUUUGCUCUAGACCUGUUCGCCAUCUCACCCAUGUCGGAUGAGUGCGAACGUCUUUUUAGUAGCGCUAAGCUUACUGUAGUUGAUCGCCGUGGCAGGUUGAAGGCUGAUAUAAUCGAGGCAUGUGAGUGUCUACGAGCCUGGUACGGAAAACCCGACGUCGAGGGCGAUAGUGAUAGCGAGGAUAUUGGUCGGACCGGUCCGACCAACCGGUCCGACCAAAGUGGCUUUGUCUGGUCUGGUCUGACCCCCCAGACCAGACUGUACGAAGAAGGCAGCAUCAAAACCCUCUAUACUAGAGUGCUAGUUGACGGUGGUAUCCGCUGGAACUCUGCGUAUACGAUGAUUGAAAGAGCUCUCAAACUUCGCCACGCCAUCGAUCUCUUCUUCCUCAACUAUAACCAUACAGGCAAGGAAUAUGAUAUCUCUCAGGAUAUGCUUACUCCGCAGGAUUGGAUUGAUUUGAAACACUUCCUCGAUAUUUUGAAACCGUUCAAAGACUUAACAAAACGCAUGGAAGGCCGAGCAAAUAAAGCAGGCCUUGAGGGAUCACAUGGCUCCCUACACGAAACAAUCGAGUCGCUGGAUGUCCUCUUCAAGGAGCUUCAAGAGGCAGGAAAAUUUGCAGAUAAUCAUCCACAAGUCGUAUCAACAUACUAUUCAUAUGCCAUUGACGCUGCUCGCAUCAAGCUUGAAGAGUAUUUCGGCCUGACAGAUGCUACGCCGGCGUAUCGCUGUGCAGUUGCCCUACAUCCUGCAAAUAAAUUUGCGUACUUCGAGUUGGAAUGGAGUCACAACAAGAAGUGGAUCAGUGAAGCAAAGCGAGUGGUACGCGAGGUGUACGCCCAAUACGAGGAAGAGGCCGCAAAGAGAGACGUGGUUGGAGCGCAACCUCAGGAAGAGGUGAUUGCCGACGAUGAUGUAGCGUUGGACCCUCUCCAGCAAGCCCGUAAGCGUCGUCAGCGACUUGCUGCCACUGUGGCGUCGGGCUCACUAGGAGCCAAGCGCAUUAAGCUCACGUCUGAGCUUGAUGAGUUUAUGGCUCGGGCUAACAGGGCUGAUGUGGAAGUUGAGGAUCCGUUAGAGUGGUGGGUUGCUCAUGCGGCUGACUACCCGAUCCUGUCUAAAAUGGCAUUUGAUUUGUUCAGUUGUCCAGCGAUGAGCGCUGAGUGUGAGCGGGUAUUCUCACAGGCAAAAAAGGUCGUCACUGAUGAACGGAACCGUCUCCAAUCGGAUAUUGUUGCAGCGAUUGAGUGCCAAAAACAUUUGCUUAGGACUUCCACACCGAACGCUCGAGAAGGCUUUGCCUAUUUCUCAGUAGCAGCUGCCGGCCAGGCAGCUGUACCCAAUCUGAGGAGAUUGGGUGUGCAACAACAUUCUACUCGCGCGAAGCUUUGCCGAGAGCGAAGUCACAGUCCAAGUGAUCAACUGCGCCGACAAAAACGACAACGACCCGGUCAGCAAGCUAGAUCUAGCCCUUCACUAUCCACGAGUUCUAGUACAAGCAUUAGUCGGUUCUAUGGACUUGGGGACGACAAUGCCCUUGAUAACCUGUUCGCGUCGUUUCCGCAGACGUUUUCGAGCAUUCCAAAUCCUCAUGGCUCACAAGGUCUCCAUGAGCCUGCAUGGGAGCUUCGUUCUGAUUAUGAGAUCCAUCUCCAAAAUGACUUCUUCCGUGAACAAAGACGAAGCCAGCGAGUCAUUGCGCUUAUACCAGGGCCAGAGCUUGAUCCAUUCGCCUCUGAAUCUCCUGGAUCACCUCCAUCCGCCCAGUUACCGCCAACAAGAACAAAAGCCGAGUUCGAAUCCGCAAUGAGUAUAGUACGGGAGGUCAUAGGCGAAGGCCGAAGGUUAACCAUAGAUCUCGCUCGACCAUACGAACGGGUACGAGCUUGGAGAGAAAGAUGGGGAUGGUCCCCAUUAAGCUCAGAAGCAUACGACUCUCCUCCACCAUAUUCUCCAGCCCGUACGUCCCCACCACGAUCAUCCCAAUCUUUACCGUUGCCCGAGAAUAUCAUUCUACCGCCCAUUCGACAAUCUCAGUCCCCCGUUCCGGAGCCAAUCCCGAACCCAAUAAUCCCAGGCAACCCAGCUCCCUCGGCCAAAGCUCUUUUUGAUACUGUGAAUACAUUUGCGAAGGAGAACGGAUUUGGGAUUGUUCGGCGGAAUCAAUACUCUUAUAAAGGACGGGUAAUCAGAUAUUCUUUUCAAUGUGACCGGUUCGGCCAACCUCGGGCCCCAAGAGGCACUGGUCUUCGAAAUCGAAAAUCUCGGAAGUGCGGAUGUGAAUGGAAAAUAACUGCUGAGUCUGCAAAGGAAGGAUUCUGGCUUCUUCGACAACAUAAGGAUCCAAAACAUCACCAGCAUAACCAUGAACCGAGCAUUACCCCAUCUGCGCAUCCUUCUCAUCGACGCCUUACCGCACCAGUUAAAGCAACUAUCGAGUCAGUCAGCCGUCGGGCAGGUAUUCGGGCUAGCGAUGUAGCUGCUAUCGUUGAAGAGCAAUUUCCUGAUGCUACACUCCUGCGGAAGGAUAUCUAUAAUGCCCGUUCGUUCAUUAACCGAGAGAAGCUUAAUGGCUAUACAUCUACCGCUGCAUUGAUCAAACUUUUUGAUGAGAAGAAGAUCCCAUAUAUCGCGAAGUGGGCUGUGGAUGAGCCAGAUAGACUACUUGGCCUUGUAUGGACCUUUCCUUAUUGUUUACAGAUGUGGAAGCGCUUCCCCGAGGUUGUUAGCUUUGACAACACAUAUAACACCAAUCGCUUCAAGCUUCCUUUGUUUCAAGCUACAGGCCAAACCUGUCUUGGGACAGUAUUCAAUGCCGCAUUCGGUUUAAUAGAUAACGAGAGAAGAGAGGGAUUCCAAUUCCUUGCGGAGAGCAUUCACGAACUUAUUACCAAACACUCGAUUCGGCAGCCUGAUGUUAUUAUCACAGACUUCGACAAGGCAAUGAAAUCUGCUCUUAAUGAUCAGUUCCCAAAUACACAGCAACAGCUUUGCAUUCAUCAUAUCCUUUCAAACGUCUUGCUUAAAUCGAAGAAUAAGUGGACCGGUGAACGUGAGGAGAGUACUAGUCCUAGCGCAAGUGAAAACGGAGAUGUUCCCCUCCAGGCGGAGGUUGGGCUCAGCGCUACAGAUAAACAUCUGAUCGCAGACUCUUCAACUCGCAAUAAGAUUCCUCAUACCUACCAAGGUGUUGUUUUAAUGUGGAAAAAGGUUCUCUAUGCUGAGACAGAGGAAGCCUUUGAGCAGGCAUGGAGAGAUCUUUGUAAAGAGUUCGAUGACCAACGAGCCAUUCUACGAUACCUCUAUUCGACCUAUCUGCCUGUUAGUGCCCAAUGGGCCCGCUGCUUUAUCCGUCAUUAUCGUAACUUUGGUAUCCGUGUUACGUCUGGCACAGAAGCAAGCAAUAAUAAUGUCAAAAGUUAUCUUUUGAACGGCAUGAGUCACCUCUACCGACUCAUCGAGGCAAUGCAGGAUAUGAUACAUGACCAAGAACGUGCCUUUACAGAUGCCUGUGGCCAGGAUGACAUCCUCACUGCUCCCCAAUACCUAGGUUCGAUUGGAAACUACCUUGGCGAACUGCGAACAACUAUGUCGUCGAAAGGACUUGGGCUAAUCAAUAAGCAAUACUGUAUUGCUCGCAAGUUUCUGCCGACUGGUAAGAAUCCCUUUCCAGAUUCAAUUGGACCUUGCGACGACGACUGUACGGUUUCGAUCGAACUUGGAAUCCCUUGCUAUCAUAAAAUCUACGCAAAGCUAGAUUCUGCAACACCUUUUACAAAAUGGGAGGUCCACCCACGUUGGCGAUUACGAGAAUCCGUAUCACAAGAUCCAUACCGACGAAUCCUUGACCCAAAAAUUGCUACAUCAUUACGUGGACGACCAAAGAACACUGCGCAGGCUGUUCCAACAUGUCUACCUAUUACAGAAAGUAGUCAAUCUGCGAGUCAAUUAAGCGGGCGAAGGCGAGGCCGGCCAAAAGGGAGUCUCAAAAAGUCAACCCUGGCUAAGAGAGCGCAAAGGGCGUCUCAAGAAAGUAUCACACAAACUAAUAGCCAAAGUGGCACCUCGACUCGGCAACAUGCAGGUAGACUUUCUAAAGUUCUUGGAAGUGGGAAGACAGCAGGUGUGCGCUACAGUGGCCGGAGGACGCAACCAAGUAUUCGCAGGACUAGGAGUCAAUGGGAAUUGGCUAAGGGUGAUGACGAGGGUGCAGGUUUUGUGACUGUUAGUGAUGUGGAACGUGAGCUAAAUUGCGCCGCCCGUGUCAAACAGUUACGGGCACACAUCACGUGA